AUGAUGCGAAAGCUUGCACCAACUGGAAUUGCUGCUGCUGAAAUUGAUGGUAUGACAAUUCACUCAUUUCUUGGUGAACAACAUAAUUCACGAAAACCACACACCAUCAAAGCAAGUGAUUCAAAACUUGAGAAAGCAUGGAGACUUGUUGAAUAUCUCAUAAUAGAUGAGAUGAGUAUGGUUGGUUUAACUUUACUUGCAAAACUCAACCGGAUUAUUUCUGCUGCCAAACAUGUGGAUCCUCAAAUUCCAUUUGGUGGUGUGAAUGUUUUCAUUUUCGGUGACUAUUUACAAUAUCGGCCUGUAUAUGAUGUACCGUUACACACCGAUUUUUCAUUGCCUUCGAGAAAAAACUCAAGUAAAUUACUUACUGAAAAAGAAAUCCAACAAUGUGUUGCACGUUCUUUAAUUCUUCAAAUUAAUUGUGUGGUGAAACUUACUCAACAGAUGCGAACAGAAGAUUUGCAAUACCUUCAGCUGCUCGAGCGACUUCGUCAAUGA